AUGGCAACCCCCCCAGUGACACGAGUCUUAAGCUCCGCUUAUGACAGCCCUACAUUUGGAGAAGAUAGCUCUUUUCAUGUCGAGCAGCCAAUUGGGUCAAUGUCAAUAUCCCCUUGUGGGAGGGAUGUUGUCCUUGCCUCAAAGGAAGGUCUCCAUAUCAUCGAUUUAGAUAACCCGUAUACCCCCCCACGCUAUCUUGCGCAUAGGACCCCAUGGGAAGUUGCCGAUGUCCAGUGGUCACCUUUUGCCGCUCGCGAUAUGUGGGUUGUGAGCACUUCCAACCAGAAAGCUCUUGUGUGGAACCUUGCAAUGGUAUCUUGCCAAAAUUCGAUUGAGCUCGUUUUGCAUGCUCAUUCCCGAGCCAUUACGGAUAUAAAUUUCUCUGCACAUCAUCCAGAUAUACUAGCGACGUGUGCAGUCGACAGCUUUGUGCACUGCUGGGAUUUGCGAGCCCCUGCAAGACCUGCCAUCUCAUUCUCCGAUUGGUUCGCUGGCGCUACACAGGUCAAGUGGAAUAGACAAGAUUCCCACAUUAUUGCCAGUUCCCACGAUAGAUUUCUACAUAUUUGGGACGAUCGACACGGAGCGUUACCUGUUCGAUCUAUUGAGGCACAUAAUACCAAAAUCUAUGGGCUAGAUUGGAAUCGAAUGCGCCCCGAAGCUUUGGUGACUUGCUCCUUGGAUAGAACAAUAAAGUUUUGGGAUUAUUCUGUAGAAAGCGAUCUCCCGGAAAAGAUUAUUCAUACUCAUUUUCCAGUAUGGCGGGCAAGGCACACCCCGUUUGGAUGGGGUGUUCUUGCUAUGCCGCAGCGGGGAAAUAGCGAUCUACAUUUAUACAGUCGUACAUUCAAAAAUGCAGCCGAGAAUCCCGAUAUGCCUCCGCUAGUAUACAGUUUCCCUGGUCAUAAGGGCCAAGUCAAAGAAUUUCUCUGGCGCCCUCGCGGAAGCGUUAUUAAUGGUUUAGAUCAUCGAGAAUUCCAACUUGUUUCUUGGGGAACAGAUAGGGAGCUACGGUUGCAUCGUGUUAGCCCUGAAAUACUAAAAAGUGUGGGCUUCGAGAAGGGGAGAUCGUUCAACCCAUCACUCAACAUAACGCGUGCAGGAGCAGUCUAUAAAACAUACCAUGAUGAAAACUCCGGCGUAGGAUCUAUGAAACGACCCCCCGGAGAAUCUAGUCGUUCCUCAGCUGCAUACCGUCGUGCAUUAUCAGGAAAAAGUGGCAUCACCAUGCCUUAUUCUCGUCAAUGGCAGGGUGGCCCUAACGGCCACUUCCGUGAUCAUGGAAGACAGCCUCUCCGAACCGACAUGAAUCCUAUUUCUUGGAUGCGUGGCGUUAAAGUCUCAGGCUGGGAAGUUGAAACACUUGGAGACGAAAUUACCCAUGUCGGCGAGCGGUUUACAAAAGUAUCUUUUGAGUCUGUCAAUGUCAACCAACGGAAGGCGACUGUGUCACUCCACGGCCCUUGGGGUUCUGAAAAUACAAAUACUUUCCUUCGUGUCGAUAUCAAAUUUCCGUCCAACUACCCGAGAUCUGCGGCGCCCGCUUUUACGUUGCAAAAGAGCUCCACCAUAAGUAUACACGCCUCAGAGACAGUGGCGAAAGGUUUACAUAGUAUAUGCGAAGCAUACAUUUUGAAAAAGAGACCAAGCCUAGAGGGUGCUCUUCGCUAUCUUCUUGGAGAAUACACGGUGGAAGAAAUUGUCGAUAUGGUACAGGACGAAGUCUGUGAGGCACUCAAAUCGCCAGAUAUACUCGGAGACGGCGAAUCUAGUGACGAAGAUGAGGAAAUUGGCCAGUAUCAAGGCAAUGAUCUCGCUAUGAGCUCCUCGGAGCUUCUCCGCCCAGUGAACGCGAACGUAAUGGUGCCUAUUGCAAGAGUAUGCGGUGCAAUCUGGACACAUGAUGGUCGCCUCGUAUGUUUCUUUCCUCAUAAGGAAGAGGUACCCGCGUCGUUUUUGGAUUCCGUAGGCCUUCGCGAGAUGACAAGGCUUUCUCGGUCCAACAGAGUGUUUGAAGCCUUUGGUAGAUUUAAGACUAAUUCUCCUGGCCCGAGAAAUCCCCUGGGAAUGGGGGCAAGCAAUGACCUGUUAACAGAUGAUGAUGCUUCGGAAUACUCUGACAAUUCUGACGAUUCUUCGAGCUCCUCAGGCUCCUCAGACAUGUUAGGAGCACUUCCACAACGAUUCCAUCUUCAGCGGACGAGCAAUAUUGGUGUGAACCGUGCUAGAUCUACUGACAACUCACAAAAAUCCACAACGGGCGUUUCUGCUAUGAGGUCAACUACUGGCAAGCGCCAUAACACCAUCUCUAUCCAUAAUCUAACACACAUUCUUCCCUCAAAACCAUAUUUAGCCACCAAAUAUCGUAUUCAUGGAGCCUGCUCCGAUGUUUGUACACACAACAUGAAAGUUUCGGCCGACUUUGGGCACAUGGAACUAGCUCAUAUCUGGGGUCUACUGAAAUUGGUGUUGGAAAGUCUGACGCCCUUCCAUAGCACUCCAAAACGUGAAGAUGUGUCUCACAUGGUUUAUCAAGCUAUGGGUAACAAUAGAAGAAAAGAUAGCGGGGUGGAUCUUACUUACGAUGAUUGCUCAACUGAGACAUUACAUAUGGGAACAGUUGGCUGGGGAUCGCAUCCCCUCGGGUCGAAGUGGCUUCUUCCAGCUCUGUUUGAGUAUUUUGAGCAGUUGGGCGAUGUUCAAAUGCUAGGCAUGCUGUCCUAUAUUCUAUCCGAACCGAUUUCCAAUAGUUUCAACCAAAAAGCGGAUCAAGUACCCUCAAAUCUACAGAAUCCAGCAUUUGUGUUAAGUCAAACAUCACCUCCUUUGCAGAUUCGAAGAGAAAAUUCAAGUUCAGGAGGGCCUAUUGUAUCCCCCACGAAAGACUUGCCUCUCAUCUCAACUUCUUAUAGUUCUGCAUGUUCCUCUACGGAUAUAUGGCCUUCUGAAACUCCUCCCUUAUAUUCUACUGGAGCAACUCCUCCUAACGUAGUGCGAAGCGGGAGGACGAGUUUGGAACGGAAAUCCUACAAGCUCGCAACGCCAGUUUCAGGCUCUCCUGAUCAACACACUCACCUUCGCACUCUAAACAAUGGCCUGCCUCUCUCUUCCUCGCUAUCUCAAUCUCUUCCAAGCGAGCCACUAGCCCCAUCCUCACUAAGUGAGAGCAUUAAAAAACGACCUAGUCCCGCCGGCAGUUUGACCGCAGCUAGCGGAUGGGCAGGAAAUAUUUCUCUUGUCAAACUACCCUCCGCCAUUCCAGAUCAUAUCAAGACUUCCACUGCUCCUCCUUCCCAGGUUCCCUCGGAUACUGAGAACGAAGCACUAUCUGUACAGAAACCUCUUAAGCCUUCCAUCAAGUCAUCGUUGAAACCACGUUCGUCAAUAAAACCAUCACGAGAUGUACGAGUGGUUUUAAAGAACCAGAAAGAAUUUGACGCCGAGGGUAUUGGAGAUCUACCGCCGUUUGAUAACAAACAUCAACCACUCUAUCCAGUCUAUCGUGCCGCAUACGCCGCAUUGCUUUUUGCUUGGGACACCCCGGUUGCCGGAAGGGAGAUCCUGAAAACCGAGCCUUCGAAUGACAAUCAAUAUGCUGUAUUGAGAGUUGACACCAAACGCUCGAAAUCUGCUGCAAUAUUCUCCUACCCAAAGCCCGAAGAAUCGGACAACCUAGAAGGACUGGGUUUUCAGCAACACUGUUCCACAUGCAACUCGCCUCUAGAUUUGGCCCCAAAAACCAAACCAGAACUCCAGAAUGGAAAAUCACAAGCCGAAAGAUUGGCUUUGACAUGUUCUACUUGCAAAACGGAAAACCCACAAAGGAAAUUCCCUUGUAUUGUCUGUGACAAAUCUCCUGCAGGAACAUUUGCACCAUGCUUAGCUUGUGGACAUAUUGCCUGUCGUUUAUGUCAUGAGAAGUGGUUAGCAUUCCAGGAAAUAUCUGAAAAUGGCACGACCCCAGCUUGCCCAGCGGGCUGCGGCUGCAUUUGUACCGAACAUAUCACAAACCACGUCGCCGUUCCUCAACCGCCCAAAAUAGUGGUUGAGGGAGAACUUAAGCCUCGGAAAGAAGAUGCUCUUCGACGAAAGUUCAAGCGUGCGUGUGAUUUCCUGAAUAUAUACAUCAAAAGGCCUUCUAGCCAUAUACAUCUUACUGGACGCAAAUCAUCGAGGUCUUGCCUCAAAGUACGGUCGCUAGCUGCGGCGCGUGGCCAGAGCCGCAUCAACUUCGAACGAGUGCAUUUGAAACCGAUUCUAAUUGAUGGAAGGACGGGCAACUGA